AUGUCCCCAUUCAGAGUGAAAGAGCAAGAGUUAGUUGAUGUCGGCGUAAAGUACAAACUCGACAUUGUUGGACUCUCGUCAACGAAGCGCCAAGACUUUGAAAUCCUGAGCCUCUGCGGGGGAGAAUACGACUCUUCCCUUGAGGACGCGUGGUGUGUUCUGUACGAAGUGGCGAAUACGGAGUACCUCGUUCUCAUGUGCGAUUUUAAUGUGCUUGUCAGGGUAGACGCUGAAAAAUAG